CUAUGGCGGUCCGGAUUUCUCGCGACGUCGGUGGAAGUUAAAGCCCAUUGAGGACACCACUCUGGAUGUACCACGGCCUAGACAGUAACAAGUCCCCUGCCUCAAGAUGGUGUUGCUCGCAGGCAUCAACAUGGACGGCGCGCAGCUCGCCAAGCUAGCUCUCCAAUCAUUCUAUGGCAUCGGGCCCUCGGUAUCGCAGAAACUGCUCGCGCGAAACUACAUCCAUCCAUUGGCAAAGCUAUCCUCUCUGCAGGACAAGCAGCUCGAGAGCCUGAACAACGCACUCGCCAGCAUGAAGAUCGAGAACGACUUGAGGCGUGAGAUACGAGGCAAUAUAGCGCGGCUAAGAGAUCUGGGCACGUAUAGAGGCAGGAGACAUGCUAUGGGUCUACCGGUGAGAGGACAAAGGACGCGGUGCCAGAAUUCAAGUGCUACGAAGCUCAACAAGGUUGAUCGUAGAGGCUAAAUACAGAAAUGCGUCUGUAAUGGUUGAAUGUAGACAAGGAACAGGGAACCUAUACGUAUUCCAUGCUGUGGAAUAUCGCAUACAUAUAUCGGGCGUUCUGUAAAAUGUGAUGUACAAUACUGUAUGCUUAUACGAAGGGCUGAUAUUACCCACGAGGCAAUAAAAGCUUAUGGAGGACGGGACGCUGAAGUCCGGGCUGUUGAAUAAGUUGGAAGGUCAGUUUGACUGUUAGAGAGCCAGCUUCUCGGAUGGACCAUGGGCACAGAAUUGGUACUGGCCAAAGUUCGAUAUUUAAAUAGUAUGUAUUUUCCAGCGAAUACGUGCAUGUUGGCUG